AUGGCUGCCACUUCUGUUGUGGUUGUCAUCGUCAUAGGACUGUUGACAGUGUUGUAUAUCAGCAGAAAGAAUGGCAAGAAGGCGGACAAACUGCUUAAACUCCCACUUAUUGGCGACCUCCAUAGCUCGCCUAUUGAAAAACCCCUGGCAAACUGGGCCUCCUGGGCCAAACAGAAUGGCCCGAUAGCAGUCCCCAAACUAUUUGGGAUUAUCCCAAUCGUCGUGCUCAACUCGUACGAGGCCGCGACAGAGUUGUUCAGCCGCCGCAGCCAGUGGUACAGCAACCGGCCGCCCUCGGUCAGCAUGGAGAUGAUCACCGGCGCUCCACCAGGCCAGUCUCGCUUCACGCUGAUGCACGACUACGACGACCAUCUCAAGCUGCACCACCGCAUCCUCUCCCCCAGUCUCGGCGCGCUCGCCGCACCAAAGUACCAGCCCCUGAUGGAACUCGAAGCCAAACAGCUGCUGCACGACCUAGUCAACGCCUUGCAGCACUGUCCAGACGGCACCACCAUCAGCACCGACGCCAUCUACCCGCUGCUGGAACGCACCCAGUCCAGCGUCAUCCUAGCGCUACACUACGGCUUGCGCAUCCCGCACCCCGACGAGCACAUUCUGCACGAAGUCAUCGACAUCCAGGUCCAGGUCACCCACCUCGCCGCUAACCCGGCCCUACCCGAUCUCAUCCCACCCCUACGCCACCUCCCCGCCAUCCUCUCCCCCUGGAAGCGCGCAGCAGACCGCCUCUACGCCGCCCAGGUCGACCUCUACAUGCGCCUCUUCCACCACGGUCGGGACGCCGCGGGCUGGAACGCAACAAAGCAGGCCCUCUCCACCGCAGCCAAGUACGCCCCUGCCUCCUCCCCGUCGUCCCAAGUCCCAGUCCCAGUCCCAGUCCCUGACCUCGACCUCGCCUUCACCCUCGCCACCUCCAUCCAAGGCGGCAUGGAGACCUCCCCGCGCCAGCUCCUCUGGCUCUUCAUCGCCGCACUGCACCAGCCGUCCUUUGUCGCGCGCGCGCACGCCCUCCUCGACGAGGUCGUCGGCCGGGACCGCCUCCCCCGCUUCUCGGACCGUGCCCGGCUCGCAUUCAUCGACGCCGUCGCGCAUGAGCUCUUCCGAUGGCGGCCGAUCGCGCCGGGGUCCAUCCCGCGCCGCGCAGACCGGGACGACGAGUUCCAGGGCGUGAAGAUCAACAAGGGCGUGACUAUCAUGGCGAAUGCGUGGGGGAUCGGGCGCGACGAGCAGGUGUUUGACCCUGCGCUUGGGGACCUGCAGGAGUUCGUUCCGCAGAGGUGGUUGCGGGAGGGUGAAGCUGGAGAAGAAAGAUUGCGGAGUGACCUUCCGCUACCGGUGUUUGGGCAGGGAAGGCGGAUCUGUCAGGGGAGGAGGGUGGCGAUUGAUGGGACGUUUAUGCAGGUUGCUAGUUUGCUUUGGGCGUUUGAUGUUGAGAUGGUGGAUGGGGCGGGACCGGUGGAUCCGUGGGAGAUGGUUGUUGUGGGAUUCAUGACUAUGCCGAGGGAAAGAAGAUUCAAGCUGAAGCCUAGAGGGGAUUGGGUGUUGGAUGUGAUCAAAAGAGAGUGGGAGACGGCGGAGAAGAGUCUGGAUAAGGUCAUGGGGACGAAUGAUGUUGAGUGA